AUGGCUGAAGUUCAUCACAAAGCCUUGGACGCUACCUUUAACGGUGUUGUGCGGGAUGAAGGUGUAGCUGUUCAUCAAUAUCUUGGUAUCAAGUAUGCCAGUAUACCAGCUCGGUUUGAGAAAGCCAAGCCAGUGAAUAGUUUUGGGGGGACUAUUGUAAAUGCUUCCAAAUAUGGUCCAAGAUGUCCGCAGAUGGAUGUGGAUGUGCGCCAUCUACUUCGGAUCCCUGAAGACUUUGUCAUUGAACCAGAGCUGGAGGAUGAAUUUGAAUGUUUGAACUUGGAGAUUACCUGUCCUCCGGUUUCUCCAAACACUGCUCUUCCUGUUGUUGUCUGGAUUCACGGUGGUUCUCAGAUCGUCACCUUCUGCUCUGCUGCAUCUAAGAUUUGCGAUCCUACAGUACUUGUUGCUGAUUCGAUCAGGGCUGGCAAACCUGUGAUCUUUGUUUCUGUCAAUUACCGCUUGAACAUCUUUAGCUUUGGAGAUGGCAAGGAAAAGAACCUUGCACUGAAAGACCAGCAACUUGGUAUUGAUUGGGUGCGCAAGAAUAUUGCUUCUUUCGGUGGUGACCCGAAAAACAUUACACUUGCUGGUGAGAGUGCCGGCGCCAUCUAUGUUCAUGCGCAUACCAUCACUGGACCCCCCGUCAAGCGGGCGGUAUUGGCAUCGGGUUCUUUGUACCUGUCAUCUCCAUUACCAGUGGAGCGAGGCAAUGGACUCAUCAAGACUCUGGAGGCCAAAGUACAGGAAUUGGGUCAGCCUUCUCUGCGAGCAUCGUCAGUGCCUGUGCUGGUACAGGCACUGAAAGAAUGCAACGUUAACACGAUGUGGAUUCAGGAGGAACCUCAAUUGGAAAACUGGGAGACAAGGUCGGAGCAAGUUGACGAGCUGAUGAUCGGCGACACCGAGUAUGAGUCGGUGAUCUGGCGCAAUGGAGUCGAGCUUCUCGACGGAGAGACUAUAGUCUCUGCAUUUGAACAAGAUGAAAAAUGGGGAACCAAACUACGCAAGAUGUAUCAUGUGGUAGCAGAUCGGCCAACAGCGGCCAAACUGGGUGCCUUGGACAUCGUGAAUGAUGCCCGCUACACACUUCCUGUAGAAGUGGUCUCGAAUAAGGUCCAGGCAGCUGGAAAUUCUGUAUACAAGUAUGUAAUUGACCAGCCUAACCCCUGGCAACCAUCUAGUCGCGCUCACCAUGCGGUUGACCUGUUAUUCAUCUUUGGAAGCCUUGAUCUCUCAUUCAAUCCAGCCGCAGAUGCUGUUGGCCGGGAAAUGCGACAGCGCUGGAUUAGCUUUGCAUCGGGGGAGGCACCUUGGUCUGCAGAGAAUGUUUUUGCUUACGGCCCUGUUGGGGAUUGCAAGGAGAUUAAGAAUGAUCAGUUCGCGGUGCGACGGAGAAUCGAGCACUGCAAGGUGCUGCAGGAAGCUGGAAUGAACGUCUACAUGCCCAUAUUGGGCUCUUUAACUGCUGGUAGAAUUAACCUUUUGAACUAG